CGAGAGUCCCCGGACUGGACGCCGGGGCGGUGAAGCCAAGAGGGGUGGCUCGGCCCCGCCAGAUGCCGGCUGCAAAGUUAGAGAGAAGAAAACUUCAGCCCCAGGGAGGUUCGGACCGCUACGCUCGCUGUGCCCCCCGAACCCCGCGCCCCUGAAAGAAGCCCCGCAGCCGCGUCCACCGCCGCGCUCGCCUCCCGCCCGGCGCCCGGAUCGGCGGUGACUGCGUCCGCGCCGAGCACCCAACCAGGGGGCGGGGAGGGGGCGGGGGGCGGGCAACGUGGCCACCGGAGGAAGUUUCCCGAAGUUGUCGGUUUAUUCAGGAGACCAGCCCCUACCCGGCCGGAUCGCCGAGGCGGCCCUGCGCGGGAGAAGUCGGAGUUGGGGUGCUCAGGGGGGAGGCGCCCCAAGACCGAGAGCGGCUUCUCCUCCGUUUCAUUGCUCGCCCCUCGCCUUCCCGGCGCGCCACCGGGGAUCGGACUUGGACUGAAGAAGAGGAGGAACGGUCGGGGUCGCCAGCAACGCCCCUCCCGGGUGAAUACCGCUCCGGGUCGGAGCCGCGGGGGACCGAACCCCAUCAGGAUUAUAAAACAGUACGGAAGAGACCCCCUCCGAAAACAAGGCUGAUCACCAUGUGGGAACUGCUCAUCUGGACGCUGGUGGCCCUGCACCGGAUCUGCGCGAUCGGAGCCCAAGAUGAUGUGCCCCCCUAUUUCAAGACGGAGCCGGCGCGGACGCAGGUGCACCUGGAGGGGAACCGCCUCGUGCUCACGUGCAUGGCUGAGGGCAGCUGGCCGCUGGAGUUCAAGUGGCUGCACAACAAUCGGGAGCUGACCAGGUUCUCCCUGGAGUACAGGUACAUGAUCACCAGCCUGGACCGCACCCACGCUGGCUUCUACCGCUGCAUCGUGCGUAACCGAAUGGGUGCUCUGCUGCAGCGACAGACGGAGGUCCAGGUGGCCUACAUGGGGAGCUUCGAGGAGGGCGAGAAGCACCAGAGCGUCUCCCACGGAGAGGCCGCCGUCAUCCGCGCCCCGCGCAUCUCCAGCUUCCCCCGGCCGCAAGUGACCUGGUUUCGGGACGGCCGCAAGAUCCCGCCCAGUAGCCGCAUAGCCAUCACCCUGGAGAACACCCUUGUCAUCCUGUCGACCGUGGCACCCGAUGCGGGUCGCUACUACGUGCAGGCAGUAAACGACAAGAACGGGGACAACAAGACGAGCCAGCCCAUCACUCUCGCCGUGGAGAAUAUCAGCGGCCCUGCAGACCCCAUCGCUCCAGCCAUCAUCAUUCCUCCCAAGAACACUAGCGUGGUGGCCGGGAGCUCGGAGGUGACCAUGGAGUGUGUGGCCAAUGCCAGGCCUCUGAUCAAGUUGCACAUCAUUUGGAAGAAGGAUGGGGUGCUGCUGUCCAGCGGCAUCAGCGACUACAACCGCCGGCUCACCAUCCCCAACCCCGCAGCCAGCGACGCCGGCUACUAUGAGUGUGAGGCCGUCCUGCGUAGCAGCAGCGUCCCCUCCGUUGUCCGCGGCGCCUACCUGUCCGUGCUGGAGCCACCUCAGUUUGUCAAGGAGCCAGAGAGACACAUCACAGCGGAGAUGGAGAAGGUGGUGGACAUCCCCUGUCGAGCCAAAGGUGUGCCGCCGCCCUCCAUCACCUGGUACAAGGACGCGGCCGUGGUGGAGGUGGGAAGGCUGAGCCGCUUCCGGCAGCGAGGCGACGGGGGCCUGCAGAUCAGCGGGCUGGUGCCUGAUGACACCGGCAUGCUCCAGUGCUUUGCCCGCAACGCGGCUGGCGAGGCGCAGACCUCCACCUACCUGGCCGUCACCAGCAUCGCUCCCAACAUCACCAGGGGCCCCCUGGACAGCACGGUGAUCGACGGCAUGUCAGUGGUGCUGGCCUGUGAGACCUCGGGGGCGCCCCGGCCGGCCAUCACUUGGCAAAAAGGGGAGCGCAUUCUGGCCAGCGGCUCGGUCCAGCUGCCGCGUUUCACGCUUCUGGAGUCGGGCAGUCUGCUCGUCAGCCCCACGCACAUCUCCGACGCUGGCACCUACACCUGUCUGGCCACCAACUCGCGGGGGGCGGAUGAAGCCUCAGCCGACCUGGUGGUGUGGGCCCGGACCCGCAUCACCAGGCCCCCACAGGACCAGAGCGUCAUCAAGGGCACCCAGGCCUCCAUGGUAUGCGGAGUGACCCACGACCCCCGAGUGACCAUCAGGCACGUCUGGGAGAAAGACGGCGUCGCGCUGAGCACGGAGGGCAACCCCCGCGUCCGCCUGGACGGGAGCGGCUCCCUGCGCAUCUCGCAGACCUGGUCCGGGGACAUCGGCACCUACACCUGCCGGGUGCUCUCGGCCGGAGGCAACGACUCCCGCAGCGCCCACCUGCGCGUGAGGCAGCUGCCUCACGCCCCCGAGCACCCCGUGGCAACCCUCAGUACCUCGGAGAGGAGGGCCAUCAACCUGACGUGGGGCAAGCCCUUCGACGGCAACAGCCCGCUGAUCCGCUACGUCCUGGAGAUGUCCGAGAACAAUGCCCCCUGGACGGUGCUCCUGGCCAGCGUGGACCCUGAAGCUACUUCCGUGAUGGUCAAGGGCUUGGUCCCCGCACGGUCCUACCAGUUCCGUCUUUGCGCUGUCAACGACGUGGGGAGGGGACAGUUCAGCAAGGACACGGAGAGGGUCUCCCUUCCUGAAGAGCCCCCCACAGCCCCUCCACAGAACGUCAUCGCCAGUGGCCGGACCAACCAGUCCAUCAUGAUCCAGUGGCAGCCGCCUCCUGAGAACCACCAGAACGGCAUCCUCAAGGGCUAUGUCAUCAGGUACUGCCUGGCCGGGCUUCCUGUCGGGUACCAGUAUAAGAACAUCACGGAUGCUGAUGUCAACAACCUGCUGCUCGAGGACCUCAUCAUCUGGACCAACUACGAGAUCGAGGUGGCUGCCUACAACAGCGCCGGGCUGGGCGUCUACAGCAGCAAAGUCACCGAGUGGACGCUACAGGGAGUCCCCACAGUCCCUCCGGGCAACGUGCACGCCGAAGCCACCAACUCCACGACCAUCCGCUUCACCUGGAAUGCCCCCAGCCCCCAGUUCAUCAACGGCAUCAACCAGGGCUACAAGCUCAUCGCCUGGGAGCCGGAGCAGGAAGAGGAGGUUACCAUGGUGACCGCCCGGCCCAACUUUCAAGACAGCAUCCACGUGGGCUUUGUGUCUGGCCUGAAGAAGUUCACAGAGUACUUCACCUCCGUGCUGUGUUUCACUACCCCCGGGGACGGGCCCCGCAGCACCCCGCAGCUGGUGCGCACCCAUGAGGAUGUGCCUGGGCCUGUGGGACACCUGAGCUUCAGUGACGUCCUGGACACCUCGCUGAAGGUCAGCUGGCAGGAGCCAGGGGAGAGGAACGGCAUCCUCACAGGCUACCGGAUCUCCUGGGAGGAGUACAACCGCACCAACACGCGUGUGACCCACUACUUGCCCAACGUGACCCUGGAGUACCGCGUGACCGGGCUCACCGCGCUCACCACCUACACCAUCGAGGUGGCCGCCAUGACCGCCAAGGGCCAGGGCCAGGUGUCGGCCUCCACCAUCUCCUCGGGGGUGCCUCCAGAACUCCCCGGAGCCCCCACCAACCUGGGCAUUUCCAACAUCGGCCCUCGCUCCGUGACCUUGCAGUUCAAGCCAGGCUACGACGGGAAGACCUCCAUCUCCCGCUGGCUGGUGGAGGCCCAGGUGGGCGUGGUUGGGGAGGGAGAGGAGUGGCAGCUGAUCCACCAGCUCCCCAACGAGCCCGACGCCCGCUCCAUGGAGGUGCCCGACCUCAACCCCUUCACCUACUACAGCUUCCGCAUGCGACAGGUGAACAUCGUGGGCACCAGCCCACCCAGCCAGCCUUCUAGAAAGAUCCAGACCCUCCAGGCACCCCCUGACACGGCCCCGGCCAACGUGACCCUGCGCACAGCCAGUGAGACCAGCCUGUGGCUCCGCUGGAUGCCUCUCCCGGAGAUGGCAUACAACGGGAACCCCGAGUCGGUGGGCUACAAGAUCAAGUACAGCCGGGCAGACGGCCACGGCAAGACACUGAGCCACGUGGUCCACGACCGUGUGGAGCGCGAGUGCACCAUCGAAGACCUGGAGGAGUGGACGGAGUACCGCGCACAGGUGCAGGCCUUCAAUGCCGUCGGGAGCGGGCCCUGGAGCCCGGCGGUGAUGGGCCGGACCCGGGAGUCAGUGCCGUCCUCCGGCCCCACCAACGUGUCUGCGCUGGCCACCACCUCCAGCAGCAUGCUGGUGCGCUGGAACGAGGUCCCCGAGGCCGACCGCAACGGGCUCGUGCUGGGCUACAAGGUGCUGUACAAGGAGAAGGACUCGGACGCCCCACCCCGGUUCUGGCUGGUGGAAGGAAACUCUUCCCGCAGCGCCCAGCUCACAGGCCUGGGCAAGUACGUGCUGUAUGAGAUCCAGGUGCUGGCCUUCACGCGCAUCGGCGACGGGGGCCCCAGCCACCCUCCCAUCCUGGAGCGGACCCUGGACGACGUCCCGGGACCCCCUGUGGGCAUCCUGUUCCCGGAGGUGCGGACCACAUCAGUGCGGCUGGUCUGGCAGCCCCCCGCUGCCCCCAACGGCAUCAUUCUUGCGUACCAGAUCACGCACCGGCUCAACGCCACCUCGGCCAACGCCGCUGCUGUGGAGGUGCUCGCGCCCAGCGCCCGCCAGUUCACAGCCACCGGCCUCAAGCCGGAGUCUGUCUACCUGUUCCGCAUCACGGCCCAGACCCGCAAGGGCUGGGGAGAGGCUGCCGAGGCCUUGGUGGUGACCACCGAGAAGAGAGACCGCCCACAGCCCCCCAGCAAGCCAGUGGUGCAGCAGGAGGACGUCAAGGCGCGCAGCGUGCUGCUGUCCUGGGAGCCGGGCAGCGACGGGCUGUCCCCCGUGCGCUACUACACCGUCCAGACCCGCGAGCUGCCCAGCGGCCGGUGGGCGCUGCACUCGGCCUCCGUGAGCCACAACGCCUCCACCUUCCUCGUGGACCGGCUCAAGCCCUUCACGUCCUACAAGUUCCGCGUGAAGGCAACCAACGACAUCGGAGACAGCGAGUUCAGCGAGGAGUCAGAGCCCCUGACCACCCUGCAAGCCGCCCCUGACGAAGCGCCCACCAUCGUGUCCGUGACACCCCACACCACCACCUCGGUGCUGAUCCGAUGGCAGCCGCCGUCUGAGGACAAGAUCAACGGAAUCCUUCUGGGCUUCCGGAUCCGCUACCGGGAGCUGCUCUACGACGGACUGAGGGGCUUCACGCUGCGCGGCAUCAACAACCCAGGGGCCAAGUGGGCGGAGCUCACCUCCUUCUACUCCAUGCGGAACCUGAGCCGGCCCAGCCUCACGCAGUACGAGCUGGACAACCUGAACAAGCACAGGCGCUAUGAGAUCCGCAUGAGCGUGUACAACGCCGUGGGUGAGGGGCCCUCCAGCCCGCCGCACGAGGUCUUUGUCGGGGAGGCAGUGCCCACGGCAGCGCCCCGCAAUGUGGCCGUCCAUGGCCCCACGGCCACACAGCUGGACGUGACGUGGGAGCCUCCCCCGUUGGAGAGCCAGAACGGGGACAUCCAGGGCUACAAGAUCUAUUUCUGGGAGGCCCAGCGGCGUAACCUCACCGAGCGGGUGAAGACGCUUUUCCUGGCCGAGAACAGCGUCAAGCUCAAGAACCUGACAGGCUACACCGCCUACAUGGUCAGCGUGGCAGCCUUCAACGCCGCGGGGGACGGGCCUCGGAGCACCCCCACCCGGGGCCAGACCCAGCAAGCAGCCCCCAGCGCUCCCAGCUCCGUCAGGUUCAGCGAGCUGACCACCACCUCCGUGAACGUGUCCUGGGGGGCCCCGGAGUUCCCCAACGGCGUCCUGGAGGGCUACCGGCUGGUGUACGAGCCCUGCACCCCCGUGGAUGGGGUCAGUAAGAUCGUGACGGUGGACGUGAAGGGCAGCAGCCCCCUGUGGCUGAAGGUGAAGGACCUGGCGGAGGGGAUGACCUACAGGUUCCGCAUCAGAGCCAAGACCUUCACCUACGGGCCUGAGAUUGAAGCCAACGUCACCACGGGCCCUGGAGAAGGUGCUCCCGGCCCGCCUGGAGUGCCCAUCAUUGUGCGGUACAGCUCGGCCAUUGCUAUUCACUGGUCCAGCGGAGACCCAGGCAAAGGGCCCAUCACCCGCUACGUCCUCGAGGCUCGGCCUUCAGAUGAGGGGCUCUGGGACAUUCUCAUCAAAGACAUCCCCAAGGAGGUCACGUCCUACACGUUCAGCAUGGACAUCCUCAAGCCAGGCGUGAGCUACGACUUCCGGGUCAUCGCAGUCAAUGACUACGGUUUUGGGACCCCCAGCAGCCCCUCCCAGUCUGUACCAGCCCAGAAAGCCAACCCCUUCUAUGAGGAGUGGUGGUUCUUGGUGGUCAUCGCACUUGUUGGCCUCAUCUUCAUCCUGCUCCUCGUCUUUGUGCUCAUCAUCCGAGGCCAGAGCAAGAAGUAUGCUAAGAAGACAGACGCAGGCAACAGUGCCAAGACCGGUGCGCUGGGCCAUGGCGAGAUGAUGAGUUUGGAUGAGAGCAGUUUUCCUGCCCUGGAACUCAACAACCGACGACUCUCUGUCAAGAACUCCUUCUGCCGAAAGAAUGGCCUGUAUACCAGGUCUCCCCCUCGGCCCAGCCCGGGCAGCCUUCACUACUCCGACGAGGACGUCACCAAGUACAACGACCUCAUCCCGGCAGAGAGCAGCAGCCUGACAGAGAAGCCUUCUGAAGUCUCCGACUCUCAGGGAAGCGACAGCGAGUACGAGGUUGACGCGAGCCACCAGAAGGCCCACUCUUUCGUCAACCACUACAUCAGUGACCCCACCUAUUACAACUCCUGGCGUCGCCAGCAGAAGGGCAUCUCUCGGGCCCAGGCCUACAGCUACACGGAGAGCGACCCGGGCGAGCCGGACCACGCCACCCUCUCCAACAGCAGCAGCGCCCAGCCGGGCAGCCUCUUCCGGCCCAAGGCCAGUCGGACCCCAACGCCCCAGAACCCCCCGAACCCCCCAAGCCAGCAGAGCACCCUCUACCGCCCCCCCAGCAGCCUCGCCCCGGGCUCCCGGGCCCCCAUUGCAGGGUUUUCAUCGUUCGUUUGAUGUUUGAUGUCGUCCUCCCGGCGGAAGAGGAAAAAGAAAACACGGCACCCAGCUCCUUUCCACCCCUCCCCGCACCGCCUGCCAGAAAACAAAAACACCGAGAAACCAAGUCAACUUUUCACCUCCUGAGUUUAUUUUUCCAGAGAUUCCAGGGCCAGCAAAGCCAGUGUGGAGAAGCAUGGAGAAAAACCAUGAGGGGACGUGUGUGGCCUCGAGAUUGUGGGGUUUGCUGCAGCUUCAAGGGGCUGAGCGGGAGUUGGGGGGGCGGGGUCGGCUGCGGUGGACACCAGUGAGUUUAGGCCGAUGGAGGCAGAAGGAGGGAAGGAGGGAGGGAAGGCAAGGACUGGAGGGCCGGCAAGGACUGGAGGGCCAUCAGGUGGGCGUGACCGGGGCCAGGAAGCUUCUGGUAGUCCAGCCGGCUCCUCCCUUCCCCAUGUGCUGCAGCUCUGGGCCCAGUGCUAGCUGGUGCCCGGAUGGGCAUGCCGGGUGGGGGCAGGCGCCCCUCCCCCCGCCCCCUGCAGCCUGGCUUCUCCACAGCCUCCCCCCGCCUCCGCCGGGCUCAGAGUCCCCACCAAGCAUCUGGUUUAUUUAGGAAAAUGAAACCAGCUCAAGGCUGAGACUUUGCCUACCCAGCUCCUUGCUCCUAACUGACCUUUCUGUUGUGAAUACAAGGAAGAGGAGGGUCCUUGGGGCUGGGGGAAUGGUCCUCACUCCCACCCACUGAACCGAGCCAUUCCUUUACUUGAAUUCACUUAUCCCCGCCCCUCCCGAGCGCAAACUCAGAGAGAUGGACUAGGGAACAGUGGGGCCGCCGGCCCAGCAUCCCUGGAAUAACGGAGCGUGGGGCAGGCCGUUGGGACUGGAAGAAGGACGCUUGGACUUUCUUCUAAUUCAGGUACCAUCUGCCCCCCCUCCCACCUUCUUAAAGGAAGACAGAAAAAGGGGCUACAGAGACAAUAGAAGGGACUGCAGGCUAGGCUGGGGUGAGGCAUGACACCUUUACACACACACACACACACACACCACCACCACCACCGCACCCUACACAGACACACCAUGCACUCGCAAGGAAAAGGGUCCAGGGAUCCCCUCCAGGUGAAAUCCCCUUGGGUCCUCCUAGCCAGCAGGGCACUCACUUUCAGAUCUGUGUCCCUCGUUCCCAACCCACUGUUCUUCGUGUCUAAGACCCCUGGCGCUUCAGUGCAGGGGCACAGGAGCCCAAGGGGGCGGGCCAAGUCCCUCGUGCAGAGGCUGGAGCUCCCAGCACCUGGUUUACAAAGGCAGAGGCCACCCCAACCCUCAGAAACGUCUUCCAGACUCGGCUCAGCCUGCCAAGGCUCAGAGCAAGGUCCUCCUCCAAACUGGACACGAGCUCCUGGGGUGCACAGCUAGGCCUCCAGGAGGAGCGGGUCAGAUGGGACCACGGGACAACUAUAGCUGAUGGGAGGCAGAGUUUUCACACACGCGCGCGCAAGUUGCCUAGAGGAAUGUUCUUUAAAAAGCUACUUCUGGUGCCCUGGGUCUUCCCAUCAGCUCAGAGCUUCCAGAUACAGGGGUUUAAGAAGGAGCCUUUCCAGCAAAUUACCUGGGUGCCCACCCCACCCCACCCUGGAGCCCUGCAAAGGGGCCCACACCCAGGCUGCUCUGGGAGAGGGGUGGCCAGGGUGGGACCCCUCAGUGGAGAGCUCCAGUCCCAGUCGCCCCCCCAACCCCCAACCCGGGAGGAGGCCACGCCCCAUUGAGGGCAACGUGGAGAACCAGGGACGAUCUGAGAAACAAGCCAAGGACAUUGCAGGGCUGUCCCCUCCCCACCGGCCCCACCACGGGUGCCUGGAAUGGAAGCAGGGCUGGGGGCCCUUGGCAUGCCACCCAGCUGGGGGCUCCUCCCCAGGCACUGGGACCCCCAGGAAACGUGAUGGGGAAAAGGGGGAAGAUGGCUCCACAUACAGGCUGACCCACCUCUGGGGUCCAAACAGCACCUUCCCAGCUCAGGGGGUCUAGAAAGGGAAGCAGGGUCUUUCCCCCCAGGGAGGACACAGGCCUGAGGCUCAUCUGGCAGUUGCUCUUCCCUCCCUCUCUCUUUAAAACCACCUCAUCCGUUUCUCUGCUGGGUAUUGAACCAUAGAAAGUCCUUCCUGGUUUACGUGAAGAACCUCUUUUGGCCCAGCCCAGGGAGGGACUGGGGGGAGGGAGCCGGGACUGGGAGAAACGCUGUGUGUACACGCGCGUACAGUUCACAGGAGGCCAGAUCCUUUUUGCCUUCCGCGGAUCACCUUGUGCAUUAAGACGCUCGCCCUCCCCGCCCCAUGCGCUCCUCCACACCCGCGCUGACGCAGGCGUGCACCUGUGGGGCGGCGCCCACGCUCACCUGGGCUCUCGCUCACCUGGGCUUACGCAUGCGCGCGGAUGCACACACACUGCGCGGCGUACCUGCGUCAGCAACCCCCUCGGAGGGGCCGACUGCCUCCAGGGAGACACAGGCAACGUGAGUCUCGCCCAUAGGGCGAGGCUGGGCUCUGCUGCCUGAAAGGGCAGGGCGAGGACACUGCCAACCAGGGCUCUUCCAGGAGCCGGAAGGCGGGCGGCCCCCGGUGAGAGUCCCACCCUCCGUCCAUCCCCACCCACCUGGAACGGUGCCUCCACCGCCCCAGCCACACCUGGAAGCCCGGCUUCCAGCCGUGGACCUCUAGGUUCCCAGGAGGACUGAUCCUUGUCCUUGUUUACAUAUCUGCUGGGGCAGUGGUGGCCCCUGUCCGGACACCUGGCCGCGCUUGAAGGUGUGUGUGGGCACUGCCCAUGGAUCACGGGGAGCCUGCCUGCCCUUUGGCUUCUUGGGCCGGUGACGUCAGCCCCCGUGUUGCCCUGACCCCCGCUGGAGUGGGCUCAGCUGGGGACGGCGCCUGGCUCCUCACCUGGCCCUGCUCCGCCGUGCCCUCCGGAAGCCUGGUGUUGCCCCAGGCAGCUCACACCUGGCGCGCUAGCACGGCCUUUGCCCUCCUGGCCGCGCCUCCUGUGUUCACAUCCCUUCCGCACCCAGACUGCCAAGACGACCAACCAAAACGCUGCCCUGGGCUCCGGAAGCGCCCUCCUUCGGGGGUCCGGGGAGUCCGCAGCGCCGGGCCGUCUCCCCUCCAGUCUCCAGACUGACACUGCCCAGACUCAGAAGGAAGAGGAGGCCUUCUGUCUCUGCCCGCACUUCCCUGGGCAGAGUUUUCAAAGGUGCCAGAGCCCUCCGCUCCCCCAUGCCCCACUCUGGGAGGGGGCUUCCCUCACCU